UAAAUUUAUUUGUUAAUGCAAAUACAAAAUUUGUUUAUAUUGAUAUUCCAGAACAUUUUUAUUAUCAAUUACACAGUAUUUCAGGCUCUGAACAGUGUUUUUCAAAACUUGAAUGUCUUCAUUGUGAUGAUAAAACCAAUCAAAAUAUUUUAAAAGGAUUGGCUAGAAUUUGUAAAUCUAUUAGAAAAUUGAAAUUUUAUAUUAUGCAAUAUGAUAAUAGUGAUAAUUCUGGAAUCGUUAAAUUAAUUGAAGCUCAAAAGAAUUUAAAUGAAGUAUAUUUUGUCUGUUUUACUAAUAAGAGAAAUGAAUCAUAUCGUAAAACUUUAGAAGAAACUUUAAUUAAGAAUGCAGAUACCAUCAAAUAUUUAAGAAUUGGUUGGAAUCCUACUACAAAAAUUCUUUCACAUCUUGUAAAUUUAAUAAGUUUAGAUAUAAGCGUUAGUUUAUCAAUCGUGACAAAUUGGAGUAAUUUAGAAAGAGUAUCUUUACCUUUUUUAAAAAUUUUAAGAGCUCAAUUGGUUCCAUCUAAAAUUUUAACAAGUUUAAUUGAAAACACAAAAGGUCAUCUUACUGAAAUUAGUAUACUUUAUGAAGGUGAUGAUAAUAGAAGACUUAUUCAAGCAAUUUAUCAAAAUUGUCCUAAUCUUAUAUAUUUAAAAUUAUUAUUUAAUAAUAAUAAUAUUUUAGAAUUAGAAGAAUUAUUAACUAAAUGUCAAUAUUUGAGUGGGUUGGUUAUUUUUACUGAUGAAUUGAAUGAACCUGAUUGGAAUGAUUUAUUUGAGAUUUUGGCUAAAUCUUCACCAAUUGGUUUGUUUAGAUUUAAAUUCUCUUCUAUUUGGUCACUUAAAUUAUUAGAAUCUUUAAAAUUACUUUUUGAUAAUUGGAAAGGUAGACAUCCUAUAUUAUUACAAACAAUUCCAAUUGAUAAAUAUUAUACAAAUAUAGAAGCAGAGUUACAAUUACAAUUGCAGAAGCAAACAGAAGAUUUAAUUAAAAUAUAUAAAAUGAAAGGAAUAAUUAAAAAAUAUGAUACUGAUUUAAAUGAAGCCAUUUUUGAAGAAUUUGAAUGGAUUCAGAAGAAAUCUGUCGCUUAUUUAAUGGGAAGUUAAAUUAUUAAUAAUUAUUUUUUUAUUUUCUUUGUAAAAAAAAAAAGGAAUAUGUUUUAUAUAUAUAUAUAUACUUUUUUUAUUAUUUGUUUUUUUA